ACAAGAAGGACUCCCCGGAUAGCAAAGACCACGCUCUCGUCGCUCAAGUGGCUCCCGAACAGUUGCCUGCUCAACAGCCUCGGAUAAAACGUCCAAGAAGAGUAUCGCCGGCAGGCAAUGAGGACAUCUCAUACCUGUAUGAUUCUGAUACUCUCAAUCCUUUUGAUGAAGAUAUGGGGGGCUCUGAUGGAUCUUACUCCAAAGAUCACUUCGAGACCGGCGAUGAAGAAAGUGAUCGCGACGUUUAUGUUGCAACGCAGCUCGCAGACUCCCACCAUUUUUGCUCUUCAAAUUCAGUAAGUGUGAUCAAGUGGUUGUGCGCUCCCUUCCUCAUAGCCUUUGAAGAUGUUUCCACGACAAGCAGCUUUGCAACCGUCUCCAAUAGGUGUAAAUCAAUCACUCGCCGCAUCGUCGUCAGUUCUUCCACGAAUACCGGACUGGAUGACCAGAGUCACAACCGCUGAGAUGGCCGAGCAGAAUUCACACCAUGCUGCUUUGGCAUUUUAUCUUGGUGCCCGACGUCGUCCUUCUCCACAAGAGCCUGCAGGACAUCGAGCAGAGAUAUAUCCAACUCAAGAAAGGAGAUUUCGAUCAAUAGGACUCAACAACGGUUCAAUGUUCUAUCGCACUCCCCCUGACUGGAGCACGUUGGAGAGCACAGCAAACCCGAAAAAACAAGAUUCAUUGCCCGCGAAGAGAUCCAAUACAGAGAAGGCAGCGUUCAAGAUGGAUACCGCGAAGGCUCGCUUAAUGGCCGAAUGGCGGACGUCGCUAUCUUCUGCUUCUGCAGAGAAAGGAUUGAAUGGAAACAAAAAGAGGAAGCUCUCUUUACCGCUGGACGGCAUUUCGCAGUUCCAAUCCACCGACAAGCCAGCGUCGGUCAACCCAUUUCACCGAAAGAAAAUUUCGUCAUCAGAGGCUGCGCAGGCUGUGGAAUUGCCACGGCGCGAACGACCGGAAAACAUUGAAUGCACGAGACAAAAACCCAUCAGACCGAUAUCGAGCUACGACGUCCCGGAAUUGCCGAAUGACGCAAAGGAGCAGCUACUCGCUGAUGUCCGAGCAGAAAGGCGGCGUUCACUUCCCUCAGAGCUUGGUAAGACUUCCGGCGGCAAGGGUGGGAAAGACGCGAAGACUGGGUCACUUGUAGGAAAAAUCUCGAAUAGUGGCGCAACGUCGACCACUAGCAUGCCCGGAGAAAAAGCAAAGUUUGAUAUGAAAAAAUGGUUAGGGGGGAAGUAGCUCUUGUACGGUACAUGAUAUGUUUACUGUAUGGUUUUCUCAGGUCAACGACGGAGCCGGUGGGAAAGCUUACAUCAGCACACCUUUCU